GCAAACGUGUCGGAUAGCUUGACUGCAGUUCCAGUGCGGUGGGCUAAUUGAAGCUAGCUAGCAGCAGACAAACCAUCUGGGUGCAUCGAACACCUUUUUUCAAACAUAAGGUUUCAGCCUUGAGGAGUGAAUUCAUGAUCGGGGAGGGUUCAAAUGUGCUGUGAGAGUCGAUGAACGUUGUGGGCUGCAUGAUGACGUUCGAGUAACGACGAAGACGAGCAGCUUUAUUCUGUGGUUAACUCGUCGAAGAGGAAUGGAGGGGUUAAAUCUCCACCAGUCGCCUGGUAGCAACAUAAGAGUCUCUCAGUCGCAGCUGCAGUCACUUGUCCAACAAGAGGUCCAGCUUGCGAUGAACAGCAGUCAAACUAAGAAGCAACGUUUAUCCGAAGUAGUGAAAAAAUUGGAAUGUGAUUUUGACUAUGGCAGACGAAUCAAAAAACUGGAGAGUCGCGUUAAUAUGCUGUCAAGAAGAGUGGACGUCGCAAUUGCAGCCAUGCUAAAAAAAGAGAAAAAGAGUGCACCACAGUCUGACAGUGAAGAUGUUGUCUGGAUUGGACCCAUCAGUGGCAAAGAUCCUGCACAAUCACAGAUUGAUGACAAAAGCUUAAUCAGCAAGGACUUGAUCAAUGGGGUCUUUCAAGCAAUGGAAGUCACCAAAGAAUCGUUGAAAAGGAUGCGGGAAGAAAAUGGAGCUUUGGUGGGAGACGCACAAGUGGAGCAACCGAACCUCAAGUGCACUCCCUCAGUGAAAGGAACGCAGAAAGAAAUCAAGGUUGAGAUGGACAUGCAGCUGAUAACGCCCAAGACUGAGCCGGAAGAAUCGCAGUUGGAUCUCCAUGACUCCAAGUCUAUAAACACUCUGCAGAAGGAUGAAUGUCUUUACCCUCCACUUCCCGACAUACCGUUCCCCUCCGUCUUCAGCGCAGAGGCCAUUUCUUACAGCAUUCCGCAGAAAGUGAGCGUCCAUCUCGCCUUGAUCAAGCAGCCUGCUCGGCUCUCCGUUCUAUGGAAGGUGGAUGAGGUUGUGCCUGAAGCUCCCCCGAUGGACUCUUACAGGAUUCUCAUGACAAUGGAAAAGGUCAAGGGCUCCGGCAUCUUUUGGGACUGGAAGGUUCUUCACGAAGUGAAGGCAAUCACCCUUCCAAUGUGUGUGCUGAUUGCCAAGUACAAACCCGGGCACAAGGUGUGUGUCGCUGUGGUGGGCAAAGACGUAUUUGGACGUUUUGGACCUUACAGCGAAGUGAUGAAUGCAGUCAUUCCUGAGUCGAAUUGAAAUCAUUUUUGUUUCAUUGUUGACAUUGAAAAUUGUGGUUGAUCUUUUUAUGCCAAAGUUUUGUUUUGUUUUUUUUUUAACAGAGAAUGCAACUACUGUCAGUCCAAGUCAGAACAGCCUGUGUUGCUGCACGGUGUAGUGAAAAACUGUGUGACAAAUGUAUAUUCAUUCAUCAAAGUCAGUCAUUCAUUUCAUGGCUUAUCCAUCCCUAGAUCGCUUGUCUGACUUUCUGAAGCACUGUUAUGUAAACCGAACCCCCAGUAACCGCGCUCAGUGGAUUUAUUAGUCCAAAUUGUACAAGACAUUCUGCACAUCCAAGAUGAAAAUUCAACCUUUUUGGAUUGCCUGGUAUGACGUGCCUAACCUCAAUAUCAAGUUACACAGUACUACAUAUGAGGUGAUCAAAGUAAAUCAUAAAUCAUACUGGACUUACACAAACAAAAGGUUUUCAUAAGUUGUAUGUUGUUCAGAACAGAUGGAAGGUGAUUUAAAUCUCAGCUCCUUUUUGUAUAUAAACAGUUCAAUAA